AUGUAUAAUUAUUUUACAUGUAACUUCGAUGUAUUUUUAACUGGCGAAGCUAACAGUAGUUCACUAAACAUUUCACGAAUAAAAUAUGAUUUAUUUGGUAAUAAUUUAUUUACCAUUCAUUUUAUAACAAACCAAAGAAAUACAUUCACACCUAUACCCAAAGUUGCACUUGGAGCUAUUGUUAAUGAUGAUUAUGCAGGUGGUAUUGCUGUUGAUAAUACAUCACUUACAACAGGUUGUGUACUAGAAAAUGUCAUUUUAGUUACUGUUACAACACCAAAUCCAUGUGUAGCUAAUAAUCAAUUUAUGUGUAUUGAAAAUGGUCAAUGUAUUGACAAAGAAAAAGUAUGUGAUUUUAGAAUUGAUUGUCCAACGCCAGGAGGUAGUGAUGAAGCUGAAUGUGGUACAUGUUCAUUUGAUAAUAAUAAUGGAACAUUAUGUGGUUGGAAAGAUUAUUCACUUGGAAGUGUCGAAUGGCAAUUAGUAGCCGGACCAUUCAAUAUGGGACCAUCAAGUGAUCAUACAACAGGUCAAGAUUUUUAUGUUGUUGCAUCAGCUGAUGAUUCGUAUGGUUUUGCAUCAUUACGUUCACCACCUUUAGGACCAGCUGGUAUUGAAUGUCAAUUGAAAUUUUGGUACUAUAUAGAUAUUAAUGAUACGCUGGAUUACCGCAGUAUUUCAGUCUAUGUUCGACAAGAAAGUAAUAAUUAUAGUUCAUUUUUAUUUAUGGCUAGUAUUAAUGAUUCGACUGGACCACAAUGGAAACAAAAUGUUGUUAAUAUUGGAUAUCAAAAAGGACGAUUUAUUAUUGAAAUUGAUGGAACACCGGAACAAGAUAAAACUAUAGCUAUUGAUGAUGUAGAAUUUUAUAAUUGUCAAGCUACAAUUCCACCUGAACUUGGUUUACCGUUUAAUUGUACAUUUGAACAAGAUUGGUGCAACUUUUUCCAUGAUGAUACUGCUGAUUUUAAAUGGGAACGUACAAAUCAAUCAACACCUACAAUAGAUACAGGACCAGGCUUUGAUCAUACAACUGGUUCAGGAUUUUACGUAUUUAUUGAAACAUCUUAUCCAAGAAAACCCGAUGAUCGUGCUCGUUUGAUCUCAGCACUACAAUAUCCAUCAUCUACUCAUCUUUGUUUAACAUUCUGGUAUCAUAUGUAUGGUGCUGACAUCGGUGCAUUAAAUAUAUUUAUUCAAAGUGUACCAAACAAUCUAUCUAAUAUAUCAUCAACACUUGUAUGGACUAAAACUGGUACACAAGAGGAUCGAUGGCAUCGUGCAACACAAACAUUAUAUAAUCUUAAUUCAACUGAUAUCUAUGGUUGGCGUAUUGUAUUUGAAGGUGUAGUUGGAAAAGGUUAUUCUGGUGAUAUUGCACUUGAUGAUAUAUUUCUAAGUCAAUCAGCAUGUCCAUCUAGUCGAACUUGUAAUUUUCAAGUUAAUUUAUGUGAUUUUCAAGCUAGUCCUGAUAAUAGUUGGAUACGACAACAAGCAACUAAUUUAUCAUAUUUUAUUAAUAUUGAUCAUACAUUAUCAACAUCACUCGGAUAUUUUGCUAUGGCUACUCAAGAUAAUGCUAAACUUCGAAGUCAAGAAUAUACUAAUGUUGGUGAUGAAUGUUUGAAAUUUUGGUAUUUUAUCAAUGGUCCAGAUGGAACAACUGGUGAAUUAAAUGUUGCUAAACAAAUUAGUAGUUCACAAGUAGAAACUAAUCUAUGGUCAAAUAAUAUUUAUGAAAAUACAUGGCGUUAUGGACAAAUUUUAAUAAAUGGUGGUAAUAGUUCAUUUUUUACAUUAUUUCAAGCAUUUAAAUCUUCUGAAAAUGUGAAUAUUGGUAUUGAUGAUGUUAUACUUACUCAUGGCUCUUGUCCACCACCAAUCAAUUGUAAUUUUGAAAGUGUUGAUAUUUGUAGUUGGACACAAGUAAAAGAUGAUGAUUUCGAUUGGUUACUUCAAACAGGUGCAACAAGUUCAUCUGGUACUGGACCAACCGUAGAUCAUACUAUAAAUUCAACACAAGGAUACUAUAUUUAUAUUGAGUCAUCAUAUCCAGCUAGACCAGAUGAUACAGCUCAAAUUAUAAGUGAACAUUUCAUAGUAGGACAAGGUUGCUUUUCAUUAUGGUAUCAUAUGUAUGGUGUAGGUAUUGGUUCAUUAGUUAUUUAUACAAAUAUUAAAUCACAACCAAUGACUGAAGUUUAUCGAAUAGAUGGAGAACAAGGUAAUGAAUGGAAAAAAAUAAAUGUUAAUAUUAGUGUAAUGUUACAAAAUCAAGAAUGGGUACGAAUUAUUGUUGAAGGUGUUGUUGGAAUAAGUUAUCAAGGCGACAUAGCUGUUGACGAUAUUGUCUGGUCACCUAAUGUCACAUGUUUAACAACAGAAAUAACAACAACACCAAGUCAACCUAUUGUAUCAACAACCUAUCCACCCAACAUAUAUGAUUGUGAUUUUGAAUGUAAUUGUACAUGUAAUUGGAAACAUGAUGGUACAACAAAAUUUAGAUGGACUGUUACAAAAGGUUCAACAUCGACUUCUAAUAUAGGACCCGAUGGUGAUCAUACAACAGGAUCAGUAUUUGGUCAUUAUAUAUAUAUUGAAACAAGUGCACCAGCCAAAUUUAAUGACACAGCUCGUUUAAUUAGUCCUGAUUUGAUUGCUACAAAUGAUGAACAAUGUUUUCGAUUUUAUUAUUAUAUGUAUGGAUCGGAUGUUUAUCGAUUAAAUAUUUAUGCACAAAUAAAUGAAAAUCUUGGUAAAGCUCUAUGGCAAAAAGAAGGCAAUCAAGGUAAUCGAUGGUUAUUUGGUCGUAUAUCAUUACGUGGUAAUAUUGAACAAACAAUUGGUCAACCAUAUCAAUUAGUUGUAGAAGGUAUUGUUGGUAAAAGUAUUCAAGGUGAUAUUAGUAUUGAUGAUCUUGCUGUUAAUCAAGGACCUUGUCCGCCAUCAAAUGUUUGUGAUUUUGAAAGUAGUGAUCUAUGUAGUUAUGUUAAUGAUUUAACAAAUACAAUUGAUUGGAAACGUUAUCAAGCUGGAACUGAUUCAUCAUUACCAUCUGUUGAUAUUACUUAUAAUUCAUCACAUGGACAUUUUAUAUUAUUAAAAUCAGUUGAUGCAACAAAAUCAGUAAGUGGUCGUCUUGUAACACCAAGUUAUCCUGAUACAAGUGGUUCAUGUAUAAGAUGGUACAUGUUAUUAGAAAAUACAGCAACAUUAAACAUACGAACUUAUGCAAUUGGUGUAAUAAAUCCAAAUAUUCUUUAUACAAUUCGUGGUGCACAAGGUAAUCAAUGGAAAUUAGCUCAAACAACAGUUAGUUGUGAUUCACCUUAUCAAGUAGUAUUUGAAGGUAUUUUAAAUAAUACAAAUAAUAAAUUAGAUUCAAUAGUUAUUGAUGAUGUUGAAAUAAAAUCUGGUGUAUGUGAGCAAUUAGGAUCAUGUGAUUUUGAAAAAGGUUUAUGUGGUUUUCAAAAUGUUAAAGCUGAUUUUGAUUGGAAACGAACAUCUUAUAAUGUUGAACUAUUUAAUGCAUCAAUAUUCGAUCAUACUACAAAUAGUCGAGAAGGAUUUUAUUUAUGGAUGGAUCGUCAACAAAUUGUACAAGGUAGAAAAGCUCGAAUUGAAUCUGAACUUAUGUUAGUUGAUAUAAGAUGUAUAUCAUUUUGGUAUUAUAUGAAUAACAUUGUUGGUGCUCAAUUAAAUGUUUACAUACGUGAUCCACGUUCAGAUACUUAUAAUUUAAUUUGGUCAAAUGAUCAAAUUCACGGGUCCUUCUGGUUAUUACAAGAAAUAACUGUUCAACCAAAUAUGACAGUUUAUGGAACAAAUCGAUUUACAAUUGUUUAUGAAGCUGUUGUUGGAUCGAAGACUGGUGAUUUGGCUAUUGAUGAUGUAAGUACACGAUCAGGAAAUUGUCUAUCAACAACAUCAUACACAGAUCCACUGACAACAAUCACUGAAAUGACUACAACUGUAUCUACGGAAAUACUAGCGACAACAACUGAUAUCGCUCAAACAAGUGCAUCUGUAGGAAUAUUAACAACAGCAAUCGAUAUCACUCAAAUAACUACAAUUACUCAUGCUGAUUGUAUUCAAUAUGCUUGCUAUAAUAAUGGUAUUUGUAAACCAUCAACAACAGAAGUUGGAAGACCAAUAUGCGAAUGUAAACCUGGUUUUAAUGGUCCACAAUGUGAAAAUAAAGAAGUAUCAUCAGAAAAUAGUAAUUUGGGUCCUAUUUUGGGUGGAGUUUUUGGUGGACUUACUGCUAUUUCUUUAAUUGUUGUGGGGUAUAUCUAUUUUUCAUCGAAAAAGCGUGCAGCUAGAGUUGCAAAUGCAAGUACAAAAUCGACUGAUUUAUCACGAAAUGAUUCAGCUAAAAAUCCUACUUACAAUGGAACUGCAGUAAUUGAUACAUAA